CAGUUACCUGAGACGACAAAACAAAGGAUCACUAGAAGAAUAUGCUGCCAGGAAUGGGACCGACUGGAUGUGGAGAAUCCUUCCAGCCGAUUCACCUCACCGAAACGGUGCCGCCGAAGCUGCUGUCAAGAUCACCAAAAGAGCUCUACAAAGCCUUGGUAGAGGAGAAGGCCUUGCCUUCAGUGAAUUCCUGACUGUACUCAAGCUGGCCGCCAACCUUGCCAACGAAAGGCCUAUCGACGCUAGAGUCCAGUGCCGUGAGGACGGCAUCCAAUACAUCACUCCAAACACCCUGUUGCUUGGUCGAGCCACACAAAGUGGAGAUUUCAAAACAUUCGACUACACAACUUACCCCUUCAAAAGGCUGCAAGAGAUUCAAAUGCAAGUCAGCUACUUUUGGAAGUCCUGGAGCCAACUCGCAGGUCCAAACCUGUUCAUCCGCAGUAAAUGGCAUACUGCUGAAAGAAAUGCUGCCAUUGGAGACAUAGUGUGGCUCUGCGACCAAAAUGCACUGAGGGGUCAGUUCAAGCUAGCAAGAGUUGUCAGUGUGAACGCAGAUCCCAAAGGCAUUGUCCGAGAUGUCCACGUGAAAGUCUCUCCAAGUGGGUGCGUUCAGGUGAAGACUCCAAACCCUGUCGUUAAAGAGUCCAGGUCUAAGGAGAAGGACUUCCAGGGCACCAUACUGCAUCGAGACGUCCGACGCCUUGUCGUCCUCAUCCCGGCGGAGGAUCAGGUCAGGGGAGACCAGCUCGCCUGAGAGGUGCGAUCUUUCCAGGUUACACUGCAAAGAUCGAGUGGGAGGUGUUGCGGCGAUCUGCCUGGAGGUGCGGCUGAAGGUGUGUGUGUGACAGCGGCUGUGCUGCUGCAUGCGUGUCACAGCAGAAGCGCUGCAUGCGUGUCACAGCAGAAGCGCUGCAUGCGCGUCACAGCAGAAGCGCUGCUCCGCGGCGCGCCUCACCAGGUGCGCUCUCCAGCAGGUGAGCGCAAUCAGACUGAUGAGCAGCGCAGACAGGACAAAGCAAACAAAUGCACCCGUUUCAUUCAGUGUGCAGGACGGAGCUGAGAGCAGCAGAGACAGAGACGAUCACUAAAACCACGAAAGCACUUCACAAACGCAUGGGAAAAAGGACUCAAACCAAACGGACUACCGGUUUUUCACCUUCCAAGAUUCCAGUUAAUAAACUGAAAUACGAGUGAAAUCCUGAGCCUCAUCGAGUCCUUCCUUUUCAAGUGUGGGAAGCCAUGUCGUUAUA